AUAAUGCAUGUAGGCCAACUCAUAAAUGACAGGGUCAGGAAUGUGGUCUUUGACGGUGGGUCUCUAUAUAUCACUCUUUCAACAAGUACACGUUGUACAUGGCACUGUUCCCUCGGCGGCCCUGUUUGUGGGGAUGGGAUAUGACAUUCUUAAGGGAAACCCGGACGGUGAUAGUCAUGUGAAUGUUGGAAAAGAUCCGGGGCUGUUGAUGACGCGCCAAAUUCUAAAACUGGAUCCACCAGAUACCCCGCGGGAACUAUCUUACCACGAAUAUUCCCUGUGUUUCCCUACUCACUAUAGAGAAGUCUUCUACGGAACCAAAUCCUACCAAAGCAGGCUUCUCCAUGACCUCAUAGAUAUCGGGAAUACUACAGCGAAUAUAACAAGCCAUGCAUUCUCUUUAAGCGAAGGUUUUCAGGUUAUAAGUCGGGGAACCAGUCAAGAAGAUUUUGUGUAUAUCGAUGAAAUCAGCUUCUGCAAUAAGGGUAGAUCCAGGUACAUGUCCAGUUUGGCACGCAGCCACAAGUUCAAUAUCGGGGACGAGUUCGCAGUUUCCGUAUGCACACUUUCUAGAGCAUACGACCAGCAAAUCUACAUGAAAUUUCUGCAGGACUGGGGCACUCAUGUCAUCAUGGAAGUUGAAUUUGGUUGGGAGACCAAGACAAGAAAGAGAAUAGCUAUGAAAAACAUCGUUCAGUCUCUUGUUGCAACUAAUCCCGAACUCCUGGUACCAACAGGUGCUGUCAAUGUCCACACUUCUACGAUCUCUGUGUCCAAAUCGUUCACUGAAAACCAGAACUCUCUCAAAACCCUAACUGCAAAGAUGACCACCGUCUCAACGUCGUCAAGGGGCAGUAAGCAAAUCAGCGAACCAAUAAAAUACAAGGUUGUAAGCAUAGACGAAAUGUUGAAUGUAGAUUACUGGCAGACUCCGGCUGAUAUUGUGGAUGAAAGACAUUGUGCAUCAGGCUUUGAGAACUUACUACCUGUGUGGCAGCGAAACAUCAAGAAAGCUAUGGGUCUUUACGCAGCAUAUCACAACGCACCAACUGCUACAGAAUCAACUCUGGAACAUUCCUUCUCCUGGCCUAGGCCGCCUUUUGCACUUCCAGAACCCCUUACAGGUUGCCCUGGAGAUAAAAGUCUUUGGAAAAUUGGAAAUGUGACCCAUCAAGUUGGUGCCGGCAAGGUUUUAUUUCCCAACAACACUUUCCAUUAUCAAGGAAUACAUUUGAAAGGUUUGCAGAAGUCAUCGGUUUUCGAAAUGUCCUACUGUAGUCGAAAUCAGUCCAGUAUUCCUUUGGAGGAUCCCUGGCCUAAAGGAUCUUACUGCAUUGCUCAAGUAUCAAAUCAAUGUCCUGCAGGGUUUUCCAGCGGAUACAUCAGGUACAGUCUAUAUUCUAGACAUCACCCCCAACAAGUCAUUCAUCUGGUAGGAAUCUCUGGAGGAAUUCCGAACAUUCAAACAUCGCCGGGACAAAAUUAUGUGGUGAAUUACUGCUGCAGGAAUGAUGGAUCGGUUGAUCAGCCGAUAAUUCUACCUUACCAAGAACCCUUCUACCUUUAUCCUGAUCAGAGAACGAGGAAAUGUCAAAAGGUGUUCGGAAUGCGAUAUAGUGAUGAGUGGGUUAAGUAUCCCUACGCAUACUCGUACAGCCGCUGUUCUUAUCAUUUUUACCCGUAUGACGAGGACUGUGAUCAUUACCACACCGUCCACUACUGCUACUACAGUAGAAACACGACCGUCAUCUACAGUGGUAAUGUAAUUGGAUGAUGGAAUGUAACCAGCUCUUUAGUGAGACUGUAUUGAACAGUAAAUCAAGGAACAAAUAAACUCCAUUUUUUUUCUUCUAAUAAA